AUGCCAGGCACCCCUUCCGACAGCGGGAGUAGCCCCACAGACCAAGCGCCAAGGGAAAAAGAUGAUACUCAGGGUCGUGUGCUAGAAGAGGACCUACUUUCGCAAUGGAAUGGUCACGAGGGGCACGAGAUUGUGGCAACCGAGAAGGUGGCUUGUUUGAAUGCUGACCCUAACUGUAGUGUGAUCGUUGCCACCAAGUGUGAUCGCGUUAACCCGUGUUCGCAAUGCAUCAAGACGGGAUCGCAAUGUACCUAUCAGCUAGGCCAGAAAGUCAAGGAAAAGCGCCAACGGGUUCUCAUCUCGAGUGUAUACGAGAGUAGAAUGGAGCACAUUUCGAACAAAAUUGACGACCUCAGCGAGAUGAUGAGACAUCUAAGUCAUGAGCGGUCCAGUAACGGUGGCCCUGCAACGUCAGCUGCAUUGCAACCCCCAUUACAUUCCUCGUUUCGGUCUAGUAAGUCGCGAGUCGCUGCCAGCGGUAACAAAACAGGCGCUAGGAACCACCACCAGCCUUCAAUAGAAGCUGGAGGCAUCGAAUCCACGCUACUCGCCCAUGUCAUCUUUGCAACUAGGUUUCUCCAAACUGUCGUGGCAAAUGACCCAUAUUCGAAGGUCGCUGCUGAAAUGACCUCAGUGCUGGAUGCCCUGCGGAGCACGGUCAACGUUCAGAAGCAGCAGAAUGAAACGCUGGAAGAUUCACCUCCAUUCUCGAAAGCCCUUCCUCCAGGUCUUAGUUUCAGGGAUCUGCCUAUACCUUCCAUGGACCGAAUCCUGGCAUGCUUAAGGAUCGCACACGAAGAGCGGUCAUCCAAUGAGGUCUAUUGGCCUUUCGAGUUUGGAUCUCUGGGCGACUUUACCCAAUACGUCAUCAAGGCCUGCUCGCCCGGACCAGUAACGGAUACGGAGCUGAUAAUUGCCCACUAUGGACUUGAAUUGCUUUUCACCGAGUGCUCGAGUGUCACUGGAGACGAUGCAGUCAAGCAUGAGUAUGAGGCACAAGCACUCAUCUGCAGCGACAGUCUCGAAACUAUCCUAUCCAACCUCCCCUUCCACAUCACUACGAAUAUAGUCUCAGUGUGUGCCAUGUAUAUGGCGACUAUUUACAGCCUCAGACAUGGCAAACCCUUCGCGGCGUGGUCAUUUAUUUCUAGGGCUUCACUAAUGGCCCAGGCCCUUGGGUUGCAUAGCAAGCUUGCCAUGACAACCGAACCAGCAGAAGAAGGGCAGCGAGGAAUACGACUGUUCUGGGCCCUCUAUGUCCUUGAGAAGGCAGUAUCGCUACGUCUCGGUAGACCCUCCACUAUCAGAGACCAUGACAUCACGGUGCCGCGACUGCCCCUCGACCGCAAGAUGACUUCCCUGCUACAUAACAGGCUACCUGACUGGAUCGAGGUGGCCAGCCUCUACGGACGAGUGUAUGACAAUAUAUAUAGCCCGAAUGCGCUGGUGCAGCCAGUCUCCACUCGCGAAUCUCGUACCAGAGCCUUGGCUGCGGAGCUCGAGAGAAUAAUGGCCGCAAGAGUUGAGUUCUAUAAACGGCCAAAUCAGUGGACUAGCCAUGUGGUACAUCCUGGGCCGAGUAGAUUCAUCAUACAUGCCAACAGAGCUAUCGAGUACUCUAUCUUGGCCUCCAUCUAUAGAGGGAUUCCAUCGGGACAAUCUUCUAGCUUGGCGCCUUGUCCAGAAUGUAUCUCAGCUGCAAGAGUCACGCUCAAAGAGAUCGAAGUGUGCAUGAGCAUGCUCGCAGACGCGGCGUUGUGGUCUCCCAGCCUAGACAUAUGGGUCAACGAAAUCAUCCUGUUAGCGCCGUUCAUGCCAUUUUUAAUCCUGUUCUGCAGCAUCGUCGAGACGUCGAACUCAUCUGACUUGGAUCGGCUACGACAAUUGGUUGACAGCUUGCAGUCGAUGGCACAAUCCCCUCGCUAUUCCGCCUGCAGUAAACAACUACGAAUUUUGAAGGCCCUGUAUGACGUUGCCGCGAAGUACGUUGAGGCCAAAGCGAAAGGGCAAUCAGGAGACGUGCCUAGCGAUCCCUUUACCGACCUGGACAUGGACACGUACUUGAACAGCAACACUGUUUGGUUUGGUGCUGAUUCACACUCACCUGGGGUAUCCACGGCACCGGAUAUUUGGUCGCUCAAUGGGACUGAAACGCCAGCGGUGGCUUCUUCUGCUGGAACAACAGAGGGCCAAGGCCAACAAGUCAUGAACCAAGCGUUGAACUUUCAGCCAAGAGCGACUAUGUCGGCGAUGCAACAGCAGAUACCUUAUGAUUUAACCAUGGAGCUAGAUAUGCCAGGGGUCCAGCUGGGAAGAUGGUUUUAUCAGAGUCAUCAAAUGAUGAGGCUCCUGGAUGAUUCUUGA